AAGAUUUCAUCUGCUUCACUGACUCUUAAUAGUUUUUAGUGAACUGAAAAGGGCCUCAUAAAGGAAGGAAGGAAGAAAGAUUGGCCUGAGAGAAUUCCAAAAUUCUAAUGGCUUCCCUAAACAUGGCCUCCGCAGCCUCAAGUUUCUUGAUGAAUUUGAGCCUCGGGUCAUCGGCCGCCACUUGUUCCUCUAGGAGCGUGGCCUUCUUCCCCAGGGAGAGCAACUCGCGGUCCGGGAGGCUCGUCGUCCGGGCUUCCGAGGAGGCGGCACCACCGCCUGCUGCCACCACCACCACAGCCGAGGGUGAGGGUGAGAAGCCCAAGGCCGCCCCCAAGCCCCCUCCGAUUGGGCCCAAGAGGGGCGCCAAGGUCAAGAUCCUCAGGCAAGAGUCCUACUGGUACAAGGAUGUGGGAUCCGUUGUGACAGUCGAUCAGGACCCGAAGACGAGGUACCCAGUCGUGGUGAGAUUCAACAAGGUGAACUACGCCAACGUAUCGACCAACAACUACGCCUUGGACGAGAUCGAAGAGCUUAAAUGAGAGGGCACUGUAAUGUAAUUGGCUGUAAUUCUUAAAUCACAAGGACUUGUACGAUACUUCCCUCUCUCUUGUGUGUGUAAUCUCCUCUCCGAUCAAUUUUCUUUAUUUCGCUCGUCCUGAUCGUCUUAUAAUUAACUUUUGAGCAA